UCGCUGGGUCGUUUGUCCUGUGCGGCUAUCCGUCCGCAUACGAAUCUAGCCCGGGAAUUAAGAGUCAGAGGAGCGUUCACUAGCCGAGAGCUUGCCGACUGCAGUCAUCCACGGGCCUGGCGAGAUGUGCUCCCUGGGGCUGUUUCCCCCGCCACCGCCUAGGGGUCAAAUUACCCUGUAUGAGCACAAUAACGAGCUGGUGACAGGCAACAGCUACGAGAGCCCGCCUCCCGACUUCCGGGGCCAGUGGAUCAAUCUUCCAGUCUUACACCUGACCAAGGAUCCCUUAAAAGCCUCUGGAAGGCUGGACCAUGGUACAAGAACUGCCUUCAUCCAUCACCGGGAGCAAGUGUGGAAGAGGUGCAUCAACGUUUGGCGUGAUGUGGGUCUUUUUGGAGUGCUGAAUGAAAUUGCAAACUCAGAGGAAGAAGUGUUUGAGUGGGUGAAGACUGCCUCCAGCUGGGCCCUGGCUCUCUGUCAAUGGGUCUCCUCCCUCCAUGGGUCCUUGUUCCCACACCUGUCUCUUAGGAGUGAAGAUCUAAUUGCUGAGUUUGCCCAAGUCACAAACUGGUCCAGCUGCUGCUUGCGGGUCUUUGCAUGGCACCCUCAUACCAACAAAUUUGCAGUGGCCCUGCUGGAUGACUCCAUCCGUGUGUAUAAUGCCAACAGCACGAUAGUUCCUUCCCUGAAGCACCGUCUACAGCGAAAUGUGGCAGCUCUGGCCUGGAAGCCCCUCAGUGCCUCAGUCUUGGCUGUGGCCUGCCAGAGCUGUAUUCUCAUCUGGACGCUGGACCCUACCUCCUUAUCCACCCGGCCUUCUUCUGGUUGUGCCCAAGUGUUGUCUCACCCUGGGCAUACACCUGUCACCAGCUUGGCUUGGGCUCCUAGUGGGGAGCGGCUGCUCUCAGCCUCACCUGUGGAUGCUGCUAUCCUGGUGUGGGAUGUCUCCAGGGAGAUAUGUGUUCCCCUCCCCUGGUUUCGAGGUGGUGGAGUCACCAACCUACUGUGGUCACCAGAUGGCAGCAAAGUCUUAGCCACCACCCCUUCAGCUAUCUUUCGAGUCUGGGAAGCCCAGAUGUGGACCUGUGAGAAGUGGCCGACUCUAUCAGGGCGCUGUCAGACUGGCUGCUGGAGCCCAGAUGGAAAUAGACUGCUAUUCACUGUACUGGGAGAACCACUAAUUUACUCCUUAUCAUUUCCAGAACGAUGCGGAGAGGGAAAGGGGCAUGUUGGAGGUGCAAAGUCGGCAACGAUUGUGGCAGAUCUGUCUGAGACAACAAUACAGACACCAGAUGGUGAGGAGAGGCUCGGAGGAGAGGCCCACUCCAUGGUCUGGGAUCCCAGUGGGGAGCGCCUGGCUGUGCUCAUGAAAGGCAACCCACGGGUACAGGAUGGGAAUCCAGUCAUCCUCCUUUUCCGCACCCGAAACAGCCCUGUGUUUGAACUACUUCCCUGUGGCAUUAUCCAGGGGGAACCAGGAGCCCAGGCCCAGCUCAUCACUUUCCACCCUUCCUUCAACAAAGGGGCUCUGCUCAGUGUGUGCUGGUCUACAGGCCGAAUCGCUCACAUCCCUCUGUACUUCGUCAAUGCCCAAUUUCCACGGUUCAGCCCAGUGCUUGGCCGGACCCAAGAGCCCCCAGCUGGAGGUGGAGUCUCCACGCAUGACCUACCACUGUUUACAGAGACAUCCCUAACCUCCGCCCCCUGGGACCCUCUUCCAGGACUUCCACCUGUUCUGCCCCACUCCCCUCAUUCCCACUUCCCAUAAUAAAGUUUUGUUUUUCACUCAA